GAAUGUCUAAAGAUAAAUAUGUUGCAGUCAACGCUUCUUUAGCUUUCCUUCAAGAUGAAGACGAUGAUUGGAGUAGAGAAGUUUUAGAUGUUUCAAACGCAAGUUCACCCGACCGUACAAUUCUGCCCAAAACACGAGCGAAUAGGAGACCAACGCUUUCUGGUGAACAAAUUCGUCGUCAAAAUGUAAAUUCUCCUUUUGAAGGACGGGAAUGUCAACGUUGUGAAAUGGUCUUUUUCAUAAAUCAAAAUUGGUCUAUGAACAACCGACACCUAUUUAUUGCACUUCAAUUUGCUCGAUGGUUUGAACGAGGCCUAAUAGCUUUUGCUGAUUUGAUACGUGUAGUGGAUGAAUUAGAUGAUAUUCUCAUAGACUACAUAAUAUCCAGUGAACCUCGACCAUUAUCUCCAUAUAAACACCGAAUGUUGGCUGCAAAACCCGACUCUGUAGCAUUUGUUAGUGGACUUCGACGCAGUUUUACUGAUCGUUCUCCAAGGGAUGAUAUAAGGUCUCAUCGUUACAACAAUAUUUUUGUUGAAGUUGCUCUUAGUUUGGAUGCAGUCUGCAAGAAAAAGCAGAAAAUGGAUCGUCUUCGAGAAGGCGACACUGUUCUCUACCCUAAAGAACUCGGCCCUUUAUAUGCAUCAGCAACAUUCUAUGAGCUAAAUAUGGAAAGACUUCGUCUUUUGGAAUCUAUAAUGCUUGGAAAACGAAGAAUUGAUGACUGGGAAUUUGAUGUUGAACAAUGUUUUUCUGAUUCAGCAAAUACUUCACAAACAUCUUUAACAACCCUUCUACAAGCAAGAAGAGAUAAUCCAAAUGCAAAAAUUAGUUCAGAAAUUGAUUGGGAUGUUAGCAACCAGGCAGAACAUGCUAAGAUAUGGGGUGACUACAAACGCGAUUUUUUGUUUCGCUUCGCCAAAUAUGCGAUACCAUAUAAGCUAGAAACGGAAACCGUCAAAAAGCUUUAUGAGACACCAAAAUCCUCCAUCUCGAAAUCUCCUGUGGAAUCUUUAAUCGAACGUUUGCCUUGUGGAAUCCCGGACGAGGAUAAUGUUGAAUUACAACUGGCUAAAACACUUUCUAAACAAGAAGAAGAUGUGGCUUCGCCAAUUAAAUAUCAUGAUGAUGUCGAGGCUAGAGAAGAAUUAGUGCGGAAAUUAAUGAGCGAAAAUCAUGCGAAGGACUUGCGGAUUCGUUCAAUGGAAGAACAAAUGGAACAGUUAAGAACUCAAUUAAAUAUUAAAUGUGAUUCCCCAUUAGGACUAGAUUGA